AUGAAAAUAGAUGAGGCAAAAGCCCGAUUACAAGAAGCGCUUACUCAAAUGUGGCAGCAUGAAGCUUUUUCUCGAGGGAUUCUAGAAAACGGGAUAGAAGAAGGGCUUAGAGACUCGUCGGAAGAUAGCAGGGUGGAAGUUCCGAUUAAUCAAGGCGGAGAUAGAGAUGGAGAUGGAGAUGGUCAAACGGUGAGAAUGGGUAAUAUGCAGCCACCGAUUGAUAUCACGAGGGCAUUGAGAAUUUUGGAUGAUUUGCCAGCGAAUGCUUCCAACAGUUCAAGUUCAAGUUCGAGGGAAAGAGAUGGGGAUGUUGUGCCUAUAUGGUCGCCUUCCACUUCUAGUUUCUUGGAGACGUUUGUUGGUGAAUAUACGCCUUAUUUGUAG